AUGUCGUCACACACUAGUAGUUCACAAAGUAGCUCUGGCAAGUUAGCUCGUGCUCGAACUCUUUUUCAAGGGAUGAUUGAAGACAGCGCGGAUUUCAAGCGCGUUACUGAAGAAGAUUUGGCUGAACUCAAACAACUUGGCAGACAGACAAAGCGCUUUUGGAUUGCCGAUAAGAAGGUGCAGAUGAGUAUAUGGGAGCAGUACCAAGAAACAGUCAUCGCUAAAUAUGAUAUAAUUGAACACCUUAUCGGUGACAAGCAUAAAGGCUGUGAAAGUCUGAAGGCAGCUAUGGAUCUGGCAUUUGACAGAGCGCAGUGGUCACAGAAAAGAUAUGAUGCGUAUUGUGCAUGGCACAUCGCCUCAUUCCCUUAG